AUGGGCAGUUUUGGGUCUGUGUAUAGAGGGCUUCUUGAUCAGACUCAGUCAAUCGUGGCCAUCAAGAUUCUUGACCUUACACGUGAAGGAGCUUCCAAGAGCUUCAUAACCGAGUGUGGGGCUUUGAAAAGAAUUCGACACCGUAACCUUGUGAAGGUACUCACAGCAUGUUCUGGGUUUGAUUUUAAUGGAAAUGAUUUCAAGGCACUAGUUUAUGAAUUCAUGUCAAAUGGGAGCUUGGAUGAAUGGUUGCACCCAAGUGCAUCGCAAUAUACAAAGAGAAGCAAGUUGAGUCUCCUUGAUAGAGUGAAUAUUACCAUUGAUGUUGCUUGUGCAUUAGAUUAUCUCCAUCAUCAAUGCGAGUCACCAAUGGUUCAUUGUGAUAUAAAGCCAAACAAUGUCCUUCUUGAUGAUGAAAAGAAUGGACAUGUAGGGGAUUUUGGGCUUGCCAUGUUCCUUCAAGAAGCAACGCAUAAGUUACUAGUAGAUCAAUCAUGCUCUAUUGGAUUAAAAGGAUCUUUUGGCUAUGUAGCUCCAGAAGGAGAUGUGUACAGCUUUGGAGUCCUCAUUUUAGAGAUGUUCACAGGGAAGAGGCCAACUAAUGACAUGUUUGAAAAUGGGCUGGACCUUCAUUACUUCGCAAAGGCGGCUCUCGGACACCGAGUGGAGAAGGCAAUUGAUCCCAUUCUGCUUCAAGAAAUCGAGGAGUUGGAGAAGAGACAAACCGUCACUUCAGAGGGCAAGAACAAAAGCUGGUUUAGUACUUUGGAGUGUUUGGUUUCAAUCAUUGAAAUAGGAGUCACUUGCUCUUCUAAGUCUCCAAGGGAACGAAUGGACAUCAGCGAUGUAUUGACCAAACUCCAAGGAAUCAAGAAGAAACUUCCUGAGCUGGUUGUCGUUGCCUAG